AGUAAAACUAACGUGAAGGACAGAAAACAAGGAAAACCCGUUCCGAAAGAAAAGAAGGAUGAAAGUUACUGGGAGAGGAGAAUGAAAAACAACCUGUCUGCAAAAAGAUCGCGUGAAAUACGGAGGACGAAGGCGAAGAUAACUGAAGAUGAGUUAAACAAAACUGCAGCCCAGUUGACUUCAGUAAAAAAUUAUUUGUUCGAGUUGAAGCAGAGG